AUGGAACCCCCCGUGCGUUCACCUCUGCCGUACGGAAGAGCCUGCGCCACCUGUGCUCGCUCCAAAUGUCGUUGCGUGCCCCGCAGUGGUGGCGGCCGCUGUGAAAGAUGUCAUCGAUUGAAUAAAGAGUGCCGUGUCCUGCCGGGCCGCCGAAAGGCUCGGCCCUUGUCUAAGGCGGUCCAGUUGGAACGGAAAAUGGAUGGCUUGAUGACGCUGCUGACCUCUUCCGCCGGUCGCACCGACCUGUCAACGCCGGUGCGGGAGCCAGCCGAUGCGCCAGGGUGCGAACAACCUACAGCCGAACCAGCCAGAGACGACAGAGAAGACGAAGACACAGAAGCAGAUGCAGACGAGGUGCUCCAUGCGUUUCGCACGCACCGACUGCAGUUCCUUCCUUUGAUCUACAUCCCCGCCACUAUGACCGCGCGUGAUUUGACACAACAGUCCCCCUUUCUUUGGCAUUGUAUUGCGGCGGUGGAAAGUAAGCGUGCCGCUUUUCAAGCUGCCCUGUGUGAAAGCAUCCGGAAACUGGCGGGGAGGCGGCUGCUGGUGGAUUGCGAGAAGUCUCUGGAUCUCUUGCAGGGGGUGUUGGUCUAUCUCGCCUGGGUUACAUUUCAUAGCCAGCCGCAAAAGUCGUCGCUCUGUAUCUAUGCCCAAAUGGCGAUCGGCUUGGUCUUCGAGCUCGGCCUCAAUAAGCCUCCGCCUGCGGAUCAAAGUAUGACUGUUUCGAACUCCAAUGCUGUGGGGCACCUUCCGGGGUUGAAAGCGUCCAUCUCUACUCGGCGCACGAUGGACGAACGCCGGGCGGUCUUGAGCUGUUUUGUGCUGACCUCGAUAAUCACACAAUUCCUGGGUCGAAUGGAACCGCUACGAUGGACCCCGCAUAUGCAGGAAUGUCUUGAUGUCCUGACAUACAGUGAAGAAUGGCCAGGAGAUGGGGUGCUUGUUCAGCUCACGCGCACACGACUGCUCGCGGACCAGAUCCUGCAAAAUCCCUGGAGCGAAGGCCUGUAUGGCCCCCAUCCAGCGCACACUCUCCCCGCCUUUCAUCUCAGGGCGCUGCAGUUACGAAUAGACAUGAUCAAGACCGAGAUCCCCGCUUCACUGGCUGGAAACAAACCCAUUCUGUUCUAUGUUUACGAUGCCGAGAUCAGCCUCUAUGAGGUUGCCCUCGCGCAACCCCGCGCCGACACGGAAAUGAGCACCCGGCGACUGGAUCACCUCUACACCUGCAUCCAGCUGGUGAAGCAGUUUUUCGAUCUCUUCUUCACAAUUUGCCCGGCAGAGUACACCUCGCUGGCACUGCCAAACCUGACCCAAUUGUCACACUGCUUGGUUACCCUCUUCCGCCUCUCCACACUGGAUUACCCCGGCUGGGACAAGGCUGCGGUGAAAGACACGGUGGACAUCCUGGCCGUGGCAGAGGAGAUCGCCACGCGCAUGGGCCAGGUGGCUGAUGCGGUAGGGAUACGCAGCGAGAGGGGGUGCAUCGAUCCCUACAGCAAAUUGGGGAUGAUGAUGCAGAAGCUGCGAAGUGAGUGGGAGGUGCGACUCCCGGAUGCCGUCGACGGCACUAUAGAACCGGUUUUGUCGAGCAUGGAAUUGGGCGACCUGGAGAACUUUUUGAGUUGGUCGGACCUGCUCUGGUCGACCGAGGGGAUUGGCUCGGUUUUGUGA